AUGUCUCAUGGCGUGAAUGCCAUAUUUUCUUUACUUAGAACCUUUGCAAUACCUCUUAACCGGGAAAAUGAACCAAAUAAAGAGAAAUUCAACCAGGAUCAAGCAUCUGUCAAAACCAAUCUUCCUGUUUCUGUCAGUUUGAGUAAACAGAUAAAUAUCAAGACGCAUGAGAAUGAAGAUCUGCACAUGACUAGCUGUAAAAAAAUAGACAAUACAUUAGUGUUUACCGACUGGAAAAAUAACCGACUUACUAUUUGUACUUCAGAUGGUACUAAUAAACAUCACAUUCCUCUGUCCUAUACACCAUUGUUUAUAACAGAGGUAGAUAGUAAUACUGUAGCAGUCUCAUGUGGUGACACAACCAUACUGAUAAUAAACAGAUCUACACGUUCUAUCACCAGUACAAUCAACACCAGUGAUUACUGUAGCGGAAUAUCAUAUAAUGAUAAUAACCUGUACGUUGUUAUUGAUUACAGUACAAUACAUGUGAUAGACCUGACAGGUAAAGUAAUACGUACUAUACCGGUACCUACAGACUUUAUCCGCGACAUUACUGUAGACAGAGACAGGUUGGUCUGUUUAGACAAAACAUCAAUAUACUGCUGCUCGUUAGAAGGAAAAGUAAUGUGGAAGUUUAAAAAGGAUGAAAUUCAAGAUUUAACUCUUGUAACAACAGAUAAUGAGGGGAAUGUCUAUGUGACUGUUUUAAUAAAAGACAUUGUAGUAGUUGUAUCAGAUGAUGGUAGACAUCAUAGAGAACUUCUUACUCAAUCAGAUGGAUUGGAUAAACCGUGGGGAAUUUAUUUUGACAAAAAAGAAAAUAUUCUGCUUGUUUGUAAUGAUUGUGAUGCUUUUCUUUUUGACGUCAAAAAGCGAUAG